UCCGCAGUCCCUGAGAUUGAUUUUUGUGGAUGAGUUUUUUUCUUUUUUAAUUAUGGGUUGCUGAUGCUAGUGACGAGGAAAACUUGUGGAUGUGUUCUUCGAAAAAUGCUUUGUAGAUUUUCUGGUGUAAAUUGUAGAUUUCUGCCUCAAAAUAUAUAGCUGUUUUUGGGUUUAAUCUCAUUUCAAUGUAAUUUCCUUAUAAACAAGGAUACUUGCCUUGUAUUAAACCUGCGAAAACAAAAUCGUUUUUAGGUUGUAUAGAAAAUUUUGGCUCUCUAUCUUUCCCUGUGUUGCGGCGCAAUGGUUUACAUCACCUCGUGGGACGAGUUCGUCGAGCGAUCCGUGCAGUUGUUCCGUGCCGAUCCCGAUUCUACGCGGUAUGUAAUGAAAUACCGGAACUGCGAUGGUAAAUUGGUUCUCAAGGUCACUGACAACCGAGAGUGUCUCAAGUUUAAGACAGACCAGGCGCAAGAUGCUAAGAAGAUGGAGAAGCUUAACAAUAUAUUCUUCACGUUGAUGGCUCGGGGUCCAGAUGCGGAUGUAUCAGAAGUUACCGGCAAGGAACCGAUGGACGCACAGCCAACCAAGAAAGGAAGAGGAAGGAAACAAUAACUUUGUUUGCUACUAGACAAAUAGGUUUUAGACAAGUUUUAGUAGGUAUCAUGGAUGAGUUGAUUUGUAAUCACAUAUGCACGCUCGAAGCAUCGAUUAAGUCUGGUUUAUUUUCACAAACUUUUGAAAUUAUCCUAUCUCAAUAUUUAAACAAAUAUUUUUUAA